UGAUUCAUUUUUUUCACAUCUUCCAACAAUUGUUGAAAACAACAACUGGCUUGAAUUUGCCUACCCUAUUCCCUUGACACAACAUCAAAAGCUUUACAUUCGUUCCAGCUACAAAGUCAUUGCUAAGAAUGCUUUAUCAAAGGCUAACCCAAAUCAUCGCAA